UAAAUGAAGAAGAAGAAGAAGAAGAAAAAGGCCGCGAAUUGCCACCAGAAGACAGCUACGGCGGCCGUGAGGAUCCACAGCUCCGGAUACAGAGCGGCGUGUCCGUGGCUCGACCAUGUCCCGCAUCCUUAACGGUAUCGUGGCGGUGUGUCCUGACCUGGGUAUCGGGAGCAAUGGAAACCUGCCCUGGCAUCCCGUUCGGCUCGCUAACGAAUUCAAACAUUUCCGAAGGAUGACAGCGACGCCAUCUGUGAAAGACAAGCAGAAUGUGGUGAUCAUGGGUAGAAGAACAUGGUUUUCCAUCCCGGAGAAGAACAGACCUCUGAACAACAGGAUCAACAUCGUCCUGAGCCGGGCCCUCAAAGCGCCCCCUGCUGGAGCACACCACCUAGCGCCAGACUUUAACUCGGCUCUCAAGCUGGUCGACGUGGAGCUGGCAGACCAGGUGGACCAGGUCUGGGUUAUAGGGGGCAGCUCUCUCUACAAGGACUUGAUGGAGAGCCCGGGGACCAAGAGACUGUUCGUCACGCAAAUCCUGAAGCAAUUUGAGUGUGACACGUUCCUCCCUGAAAUCCGUCCCGAUAGAUAUCGGCUACUGCCAGAGUUUCCAGGAGUUCCACCAGAGCUCCAGAAGGAGAAUGGUAUCCAGUACAGAUUUGAAGUCUAUGAAAGCAUUGAGCAAUGACGUGAACUAUAAAACAAUAAAAAAAGCUAUUCAAAUAACA